UCAAUAUGCAUGAAGCCAAAUGGAGUUGACUCCCACAAAACAACACUACAAUCGGGAGUUGACUUAGCCCUCCCUAAACAAUAUGUCAAUAUUUAAUUUAUUUUCUAAAAAAAUAACCAAAAUAAAUGUUACAUUCAUUCGUCAAGAAUCACCUAUAAAUCCACACACAUUAUUUCAACCUAACUCCCACAAAAUUAUUACUCCACUUUAUUCAUCACAUUCCACCUCCCAUCGAGCCAUAAUGACCAAAAAUCUAGUAUUUUCACUCUUCAUUAUAUUUCUUCUUUCUGAGUCUUAUGCCCAAACCCCACAACCACCACCACCACCACCUUCAAAGCUCUGCAAAUCCACCCCAUACCCUUCCUACUGCUCCUCCGUCCUCCCCACCACCAACUCCUCCUCCACUGUCUACGACUACGGCCGGUUCUCUGUCCGUAAAUCGCUCUCGGUGGCUCGGAAAUUCCUAGCCCUCAUCGACAAAAACCUCCAGAAAUCCAACGCCCUCACCAUCACCGCAACUCGAGCACUCCAAGACUGCAAGUUCCUAGCACAAUGCAGCAUCGACAACCUCAUCACCUCCCUCCAAAUCGUCAACAAGACCUCCCAAACCCUCACACCGUCUCGUGCCGACGACAUCCAAACCCUACUCAGCGCCACACUCACCAACACCCAGACGUGCAUCGACAGCCUACAAUCCGCGGCCGCCGCCUGGAGCGUCAGGAACGGCAUCCUGACGCCCCUCUCCAACGACACGCGCCUCUACAGCGUGUCCUUGGCCCUCUUCACCAAGGGAUGGGUGCCCUCGGUGAAGAAGAAGAAGGGUCCGUCGGCGUUCAAUCCGACGGUCAGGAAGCAUCUGAUGCGCAACGGGAAGCUGAAUUUGAAGAUGUCUGAUGUAAAUCGAGAGGUUUACCGGAAGGUUAACGGCAACGGUAACAGACGGCUGCUGCAGGAUGAUGGCGCUGAGAGUCAGGUGGAGGUGAGCGACAUUGUCAUUGUGAGUCAGGAUGAGAGCGGGAAUUUCACGACGAUCAAUGACGCCGUUAGUGCUGCUCCCAACAAUACUGACGGGAGUAACGGAUACUUCCUCAUCUACAUAACGGCCGGCGUCUACGAGGAGUAUGUUUCCAUCCCCAAAAAUAAGAAAUACUUGAUGAUGGUCGGAGCUGGGAUCAACCAAACCAUCAUCACCGGAAAUCACAGCGUCGUCGACGGAUGGACGACCUUCAAUUCUCCCACAUUCGCUGUGGUGGCGACCGGUUUCUUGGCGGUGGGGAUAACGUUCCGCAACACGGCCGGAGCCGUGAAGCACCAAGCGGUGGCGGUGCGCAACGGCGCGGACCUGUCAACAUUCUACAGCUGCAGCUUCGAGGCGUACCAGGACACGCUGUACGUGCACUCGCUCCGGCAGUUCUACCUGGAGUGCGACGUCUACGGCACGGUGGACUUCAUCUUCGGCAACGCGGCCGUGGUGAUGCAGAGCUGCAACCUGUAUCCGCGGCUGCCGAUGGCCAACCAGUUCAACGCCAUCACGGCCCAGGGCAGGACCGACCCCAAUCAGAACACCGGGAUUUCCAUCCAGAACUGCACGAUUGAAGCCGCGGGCGAUCUCGCCGGCACCAACCUGAGCAUCAAAACAUAUCUGGGGCGGCCAUGGAAGGAGUACUCGCGGGCCGUGUACAUGCAGUCGUUCAUGGGUAGCUUGAUAAAUCCGGUGGGGUGGAGCAUCUGGUCGGGGGAUUUCGCGCUCAACACGUCCUACUACGCAGAGUUUGGUAAUAGCGGGCCGGGAUCCGAUACGGGCCGGAGAGUCACGUGGCCCGCUUUUCAUAUUAUCAAUGCCACCGACGCUGCUAAUUUCACUGUUGCCGCCUUCUUGACGGGAGAUGAAUGGAUACCCAAUACAGGCCUUACUUAUAUAAGUGGAUUGUAGCCAUCCAUUAUUCAUCUUUUCUGAACACAAUUCUUCCAUUUCUUUCUUACCAAGAUUAAAUAACAAGUUAUAUACAUUAUUGUCAACUCGAUCUGUAUAUGAAUGCUAAUUUGAUUAUUAUGAA